AUGGACAUUACUCUGAGGGUAACCAAUGUAGCAUUUUUCUUUAUUUUACUCAUUUAUAUUUUUUUCAAGAAAAAUGGUGAGAGAAGAAAAUCCACUAUUUUCACCAAGAUAACAGUUUUAGUUAAUUUCUCAAUAGCCCUUUUUUAUUUGGGAUUUUAUGUCUAUGAAUUCUGGAAGUUGAGAGCUUUUGUGUUUGAAGAAUCUGUUUUUUCUUUUAUGACAUGGAGUGUAGCUACUGUAAUUGCAGCCUAUUCAUUAAACAGAGAAAAAAGGUGUCCAUUAUUACUCAUCAUGUGGUGGUUCUUUUCUAGUAUUUUUGAGAUAAUUUUAGUCUCAUUCCAUCUUCUCAAACAUUAUACUAAAGCCCCACAUUUUCUUCCCAAAGCAAAUAUAAUUGAUUUUGCUUCCCUACCAUUGUCAAUUCUUCUAUGUUUCAAUGCCAUGCCAGUACCAGCCAACAAAUACAGUGAAACUGAACAGCCAUUCCUUCAUAAAGAUGAGGUAAAUACACAUGAUGAUUCAUUUUCUAGUGCUAGUAUUUGGAGCCUAAUCACAUUUAGGUGGCUUAAUCCACUAUUCAAGAAGGGUUAUGAGGAAAAGCUCAGAGUAGAGCAUAUACCUUCAAUUCCUCACACUGAGACUUCUAAUGAAGCUUCUUCUUUGUUGGAAGACGCACUUCACGAAAAGAAUACUUCUACUUUCUUCAUCCCUCAUGCCAUAUUACAUAUGAUUUGGAGACCACUUGCCUAUAAUGCAGUUUUUCUAAUAACACCAUUAACAUCAGGAGCAGUUCUCUCAGCACUAGCAACUUUCAGGAUUCUACAAGAACCAAUUUACAACUUGCCUGAGCUAAUUUCCAUGGUUGCUCAGACAAAAGUUUCUGUUGAUAGGAUUCAAGACUUCAUGAGAGAGGAAGAUCAAAAGAAGUUAACAAGCUAUAAUACUCCUAACACUUCUGAAGUGGCGAUCGAACUUGAACCAGGAGAGUAUGCUUGGGGCACAAAUGAGUCCAAGAAAUCAACGAUUAAGAUAACUGUGAAAAUCAGGAUAAUGAAAGGGUGGAAAGUAGCAAUAUGUGGUUCAGUGGGAUCGGGAAAGUCAAGCUUAAUCUGUAGUAUUAUGGGAGAGAUUCCUAGAAUUUCCGGAUCAAGUAUUAAGCUUAAUGGUUCAAAGGCAUUUGUACCACAGAGUGCUUGGAUCCAGACAGGCACUGUUAGAGACAAUGUUCUGUUUGGCAAGGAAAUGCAUAAGGCACGUUAUGAUGAUGUCGUGGACAGAUGUGCUUUGAAACGUGACAUUGAGAUGUGGGCUGACGGAGAUCUAAAUUCUGUGGGAGAAAGAGGAAUGAACCUAAGUGGUGGACAAAAGCAAAGAAUUCAGUUGGCCAGAGCUAUUUAUAGUGAUUCAGACAUCUACCUGCUCGAUGACCCUUUCAGUGCUGUUGAUGCACAAACUGGAGCUCAUAUGUUCAAGAAAUGCUUAAUCCAACAUCUACAUGAAAAAACAGUUGUUUAUGCCACUCACCAGUUGGAAUUUUUAGAUGCUUCUGACCUCAUCCUUGUAAUGAAAGAUGGAAGAAUUGUUCAAUCAGGAAAGUAUAGUGAGUUGAUUGCAGAUCCUGAUGGUGAGCUCCUACGGCAUAUGGUGGCUCACAAUAAAUCAUUAGAUCAAGUGAAGCCUUCCCAAAAAGGCAGCUGCUUAACUAAGGGUAAAAACCAGAAAAACCAAAUUGAAGAUCUUACCAAUGAAAACAAAAUCUUAGAAAGAACUCAGCAGGAAGAUGCAGUAUCAGGUCGAGUUAAAUGGAAAGUCUACUCAACCUUUGUAACCUCGGCGUAUAAAGGGGUCCUUGUACUUCCAGUCCUUCUAUGUCAAGUUCUCUUCCAGGGACUUCAGAUGGCAAGCAACUACUGGAUUGCAUGGGGAACAGAAGAAGAAGGAAGGGUUACUAGCAGGAGAUUAAUUGGAAUAUUCGUGCUGCUGUCAGGGGGAAGCUCUUUUUUCAUCUUAGGAAGAGCAGUUAUGCUAUCAACUAUCGCAAUUGAGACUUCUCAGAAGCUCUACAUUGGAAUGAUCAAAUCACUCUUCCGAGCGCCCUUGUCAUUCUUUGACUCCACCCCUUCCAGUAGAAUUCUCAAUAGGUCUUCUACGGACCAAAGCACCAUGGACACAGAUAUUCCAUAUAGAUUGGCUGGACUAGCAUUUGCACUUAUUCAAUUAUCGAGCAUUGUUGUCCUCAUGUCCAAUGUUGCCUGGCAGAUCAUGUUUCUCUUCCUUCUGAUACUUGCCAUCUCUGUGUGGUAUCAGGCAUAUUACAUUACCACUGCUAGAGAACUAGCAAGGAUGGUUGGCAUUCAGAAUGCUCCAAUCCUGCAUCAUUUCUCAGAAUCUCUCACCGGUGUAGCAACAAUUCGUUGUUUUAAUCAGGAAGACCGAUUCUUGAAUAAGAAUUUAAGUCUCAUCGAUAACUAUUCACGUGUUGUUUUUCACAACUCUGCUACAAUGGAAUGGCUCUGUGUUCGAAUUAACUUUCUCUUCAAUCUCAUAUUCUUCUUUCUUCUCGUCAUCCUGGCACACCUUCCUCGAGAGGCUAUAGACCCCAGUUUAGCAGGACUAGCAGCUACCUAUGGCUUAAAUCUUAAUGUUCUCCAAGCUUGGGUUAUAUGGAACCUGUGCAAUGUUGAGAACAAAAUGAUCUCAGUUGAGAGAAUACUUCAGUUUAGCGACGUUCCUAGUGAAACUCCACUGAUAAUUGAAAAGUCCAGGCCAAAACCUGAUUGGCCUCUAAAGGGAAGAAUUGACAUUACAAAUCUUCAUGUACAAUACAGCCCUGAUCUCCCAAGAGUUCUAAAAGGUAUAACCUGUACCUUUCCAGAAUGA